AUGUUCAAAUUACUAAUACCGAAUAAGUAUAAUUACGUGAUACGACCAUUGGUACGGUUUAAAUCUAUAAAAUCACCAAAAUCACCAAAACCAAAACCAACUGCAAAACUCAGUCCAAAUGUGUUUUCUCUGGGUAAAUUUUCUCAACUACAUAAUGACACCAGCACUACUAAUAUUGAAUCAAAAAUAACUAGUUUUGAUCAAUUGAAGAUUUUCCCUUCGGUUAGAGAAGCCAUGAUUAAAGAAAUCAAAUCUCAAUACAAUUUAAAAGGUCCACGACAUUCUAAUAUUGAUGAAAUUGAUAUCAAACCAACUCCCGUCCAAAUUGCUGCUAUUCGGAAAAUUAACCAAACCAGGAAACUUAAAGUGCCCAAUAAAGAUUUAGAAGGUAUGGAUGAUGCUGAACGUAUUCAAUUUGAAUUACAAAAUGCUAAUGAAAUACAGAAAACUAAAGUAUUCACCGUUGCUGCUGAAACUGGAUCAGGUAAGACUUGGUCAUAUUUAGCUCCAUUAUUGAGUAAAUUAAAACUGGAUGAUAUGGAAUUCUGGAAAUCUGAUCCAGAAGGUUAUGAUAAUACGAGGAAAAAAGGUCAAUUUGUUAAAUCAGUCAUACUUUUACCGACAAAUGAAUUAGUUGAUCAAGUUUAUGAAACAUUACAACGAGCCAAUUCAUUUGAAUUGGAUCAUAAAGGUGCCCCUGGUAAUUUCACACUGUUUUUAGAAUUGCCAGAAAAUAAAACUAUGAAUAUUACUACCAUGAAAUUGGGACAAGGCGAAGCACCAGUAAGAUUAUUUCGUCAAUUAGAAACUAAAGGUCCAAUUGAUGUUUUAAUAACAACUCCUGGUAAAAUUGUUGCCUUUUCUAAAUUGGUCAAUAUCAAUCGUCCAUUUAGAGUUUUCGCUAAUGUGAAAUAUUGUGUUUUAGAUGAAGCUGAUACAUUAUUUGAUGAUUCAUUUGAGAAAAACACUACUGAUGUCAUUACUCAUUUCCCUAAAUUGCUUGAUUUAAUUUUGGUUUCAGCAACUAUCCCUAAAGUAUUUGAGAAAAAAUUAUCGAAAUUAUUUCCUGAUCAACGUUCAUUAAUUAGAGUUGCUACUCCUCUGUUACAUAAAGUUCCACGUAACAUCAAAGUAAUGACUAUUGAUGCUGAUGUUGCUCCUUAUAAUGGAUCCAAACCUAGAUGUUUAGCACAAGCUCUUUAUGCCAUAUCUAAAGAUGGAACUGAACCAGGUUACGUCAAAAGAAUUAUUGUUUUCGUCAAUGAGAAAUCUGAAGUUGAUGGGAUUGUUGAAUCAAUGAUUACAAAAUAUAAAGUAAGACCAGAAGAUAUUGUUGGAGUUUCCGGGUCGGUUAAUAUCAGAGAUCGGAAAGAUAUGUUACAACCAUUUUUACAACCGGCAGAAUUGAUUGAAAAUGAUGAUUUUGGUAGUAAAGUGAAAAUAUUGGUCACUACUGAUUUAUUAGCUCGAGGAUUAAAUUUCCAAGGAGUGAAAAAUGUCAUAUUAUUAGGAUUACCGAGAAAUUCCGUUGAUUUGGUUCAUAGAUUAGGUCGAACUGGUCGAAUGAAUCAAAAUGGAAGAGUUUUUGUCAUUGUUGAUAAAAAAUCUAAGAAAUCUUGGGUAAAAGGAUUAGGCAAUGCAAUUAUUCGAGGACUUCGAAUUGGUUAA